AUGAUUGAAGAUCUGAAACGAGAGCAGGAAGAGGAGAAAGUGUCUGAGGAGUUGAGGAUCGUGCUGCUGGGCUCUGAGGCAGCUGUUAAAGCCUCCUGUGGAAACACCAUAUUUGGUCGACAGGUGUUUUCAGAGUCGCAGCCUUCACCGCAUUUAUUUGAGAGGCAUGAUGGGAUGGUUUUAAAAAGGCGUUUGGUGAUCAUCAACACUCCUGAUCUGUUUAGUCCUCCUGUCUCUCCUGAAGAACAGGACCUGAAGAAUUUUUUCCAUCUGUCCUGUCCUGAACCUCACGCCCUCUUACUGGUCCUAAAAUCUGGCACAAUUACAAAGCAGGACAGAGAUACCCUCCAACUCAUUACAACUAUUUUUGGCACUGGAGCAUUUGAGUAUGUGAUCGUGGUCUUCAUGCUCGAGGCCCAGAUGGAGUAUGUGAGCAUUACAGACACUGACAGCAGAUCAGAGAAGCCUCUGCUGCAGAUCUCCAAAUGUCCACACCAUAAUCUCCAGAGGAAUGGAGACCAGUCACAGGUGCAGAACCUUCUGGAGAUCAUUGAGGAGAUGGUGGAGGAAAACAGAGGCCAUGAUCUGAAGAUGGAUCCAAAACCUGGCCUGACCAAAACAGAGAUCAUCUGCCAAACAAUGCUCAAAAGACAUAAGACUUUGCUUUAUCAGCUGCCUCAAGAGUACUAUGAGCCAACCAAGCCUGCCUCCGUCGGCACUGAGAAGAGCUUGGAGUGUGUGAGGAUUGUUCUGGUUGGUAAAACUGGAGUGGGAAAGAGUGCAACCGGGAACACCAUCCUGGGACGCAGUGCAUUUGAGUCUCGGGCCAGAAUGACCUCUAUUACCAAGAUGUGUCAAAGAGAAAGUGGAAUUGCCUGUGGUCGACCCGUGACAGUAGUGGACACACCAGGACUCUUUGACACCAGCCUUAGUAAUGAAGUGAUCCAGCAGGAGAUCAUGAGGUGCAUUGAGCUCUCGGCUCCUGGACCACAUGUGUUUCUGCUGCUCAUCUCUAUCGGCCCGUUCACACAAGAGGAGAGAGAAACCCUUGAGCUCAUCAAGAUGACCUUUGGACAGAACGCCAAGAGCUACGCCAUGGUGCUCUUCACCAAAGGAGACAAUCUGGAUGACUCUAUUGAAGACUACAUUGAAGAUGGAGAUUCACAUGUCAAACAGCUGAUCCACGACUGUGGAGGAAGAUUUCACGUGUUCAACAAUAAACAGAAGGACCUUGCUCAGGUCGUAGGUCUGCUGAAGAAGAUCGAUAAGAUGAUGUGGGAUAAUAAAUCUAGUUUCUACAAUGAUAAAAUGUUUCAGGAGGCAGAGAGAGCACUGAGACUCGUGCAGAUCAACAGAGAAAAAGAGGAGGAGGUCAGACAGAAAAUGGAGGCCCUUAAAGCCAAAUAUGAGUCUGAAAUCAAACAAUACAAAGAAAAGCUAGAGGAAGAAAAGGGAAAGCUUAAGGUCAGAGAUCUUCUGGUCAUGGAGACAGAACAUGCACUGUUGAGAAAAUUUAAAAUGAGGCAAACAGGAGAAGCCGCAGCAACCUCCGGGACUGCACAAACACAGGAUCAAUGUGAACCUACAGCACAUGCUGAGAGAAAGAAUGAUGAUCAGAUUGAAAAGCAGGAAAAUCAGCAUUCAGAAACAACAGGUGUGGACAGAGAAAUGCCAGAAGCUGGAAGAGAAUCUAAUAAAGAGCUCAAGAAACACAAGCGAUGGAAAGGUUUUCAGUCAUUAAAAAGAGGCAAAAAGAAAAGGAAAAAGCUUGAAAAACAGUUAGAAGAAUGUAAAAUAACAGAAGUCUCAAGUGUCGAAGAGAAUGAAGAAAAGAUCAAACAUACAGCAACUGAUCAGCAAACCAGCGAGGAUUCACCUAAAAUCUCUAAAGAUGAGAAAAAUGAAGAGCAAGAACUUCUGUCUCAGCAUUAUAAGGAGAUGGAGGAUUGCAGGCAGAUAUUGGACGAGGCCAUGAGAAAGUACAAGGAGACCGCUGACAUGUAUGCUGCAGAAGUCAAGAGAAUUGAAGCCCGAAAUGCUGCAAACAUUAACAACUUUGAGAAGAAUCAUGGAAAACGCUGCGUGCUUCAAUAACAGACAUAAACAAGCUAAAUGAACAUUUCUAUUGUGGGAUGCUGUCAGUUUAAGAGUUAAAUCUUUGAAUUCGGAUGGUGAGUUUAAUGUUGCUCAUAAUCUCACAUUGUCUGCAAACUGAAUCAGAUAAUAUAGGCGAAUACUUAAUCUAAAUACCUGCGAAUGAUCAUUGUUAAUACAGUCACAACUGAGGGAACAGACUGGCCAUAAAUAAACUUUGCUAAUUUUUGCAACAUUUUUGUCAGCCAAUGAUAUAACUGUAUACAGCAGGGGUGUACUUGCACAGAAAUUCAGCCAUGGCACUCCCUAGCAUUUCCUACAAAUGUAGAUAAUGUAGAGGAAAAGUGUUUUUGUAAACUCAAUCAUAAUUUUUGUUAAGUUACUUGCUUAUGCAUGUGUAAAGGUGCUCCAGUGACAGACGCUAGAGGCUGUGGUCUUUAGCCUCCUUGUUAGAGCAACCGACUCCUAUGCAGAAGGUUGCCGAUUCAAUACCAGCUUGGAGUGGGUUGGGUGGUGUAGGA